AUCGGGAGCUUGGAAAACUACUACCACUUUCACCACAGCAAGACAUUUAAGCGCUCGACGCUGAGCAGCCGGGGACCACACAACUUUCUCCGCAUGGACCCCAAGGUAUGGGGCUGGGCAGCCCGGCGUCCCUCUAGGCAGGCCCGAGGCGAGCCGCACGCCCUGCCCUUCAACGACCCGGUGUGGCCCAACAUGUGGUACCUGCACUGCGGCGAUAAAAACAGUCGCUGCAGGUCGGAGAUGAACGUCCUGGCAGCCUGGCAGAGGGGCUACACCGGCAAAAACGUGGUGGUCACCAUCCUCGAUGACGGCAUAGAGAGGAACCACCCCGACCUCCUGCAAAACUAUGACCCUCUUGCAAGCUACGACGUCAACGGCAACGACCACGACCCGACUCCGCGCUACGACGCCAGCAAUGAGAAUAAGCACGGCACUCGCUGCGCGGGGGAGGUGGCGGCGGCGGCGAACAACUCGUACUGCAUCGUGGGCAUCGCCUACAACGCGCGCAUCGGAG